AUGGCCACAAGCGUCCCCAAGGAGACUUCUGACAAGCAGAUGGAGGAGGCCGAGGAUGCGGUGGCACCCUUGGUUGCUGCUGCGGCUGGGAUCAUCGAUAACAGGCUACUGCUGACCAACGAAUAUCUAGAAGAGGACGACUUCCCCACCGGUCCCCCGAUGUCCCUAUGA